UGUGCGCGUGCCGUGUGUCUCCAGCUCUCUGUGGAGUCCGGACUCUGGAUCAUGGACCCGCUGUGUCUCCUUCAGCUCCUCCACUUUCUGCUCUAACCUCACCUCCGGAGCGGAGCUCCGACAUGCUGCAGCCGGGAAACGCGUCCUCCGGCUGGGCUCAGCGCCCGGACUCUAACGGGUCUGUUCCGGCGGCGGGCGGCGGGUCCGGACCGGAGUCGGUGAUCGUGCCGGUGGUGUUCGGCUUGAUCUUCGUGGUGGGGGUGGUGGGGAACUCUCUGGUGAUGGUGGUGGUUGGGAAGGUGAAGUACAGCCGCGGUGGGGGAGGAGGAAGGGGGGGGGGGCGCCCCGGCAGCCCCACCAACAUCUUCAUCCUGAACCUGAGCGUGGCGGACCUCAGCUUCCUCCUCUUCUGCGUCCCCUUCCAGGCCACCAUCUACUCCCUGCCUCAGUGGGUGUUCGGAGCCUUCCUCUGCACCUUCGGACACUACUUCUCCACUGUCAGCAUGCUCGUGAGCAUCUUCACGCUCGUGGCCAUGUCCGUGGACCGAUACAUCGCCGUGGUGCGCUCCAAGAGCGCAUCGUGCGUCAGGAGCCGCAGGAACGCGCUGGCCGGGGUGUGCGUCAUCUGGACCCUGUCUCUGGUGUGCUCCGUGCCGGUGGCCCAGCACCAGGUCCUCACCAGUCACCCCAGCGCCCCGAACAGCACCUUCUGCUGGGAGGAGUGGUCCGGAGCCUCCAGACACACCUACAGGGUGACCAUCCUGCUGAUCGGAUACCUGCUGCCGCUGCUGCUCAUCAGCUGCUGCUACACCAAGGUUCUGUUUCACCUCCAUAAAAAGAUGAAGAACAUGUCCAAGAAGUCUGAGCGCUCCAAGAGAAAGACGGCUCAGACGGUCCUCCUGGUCAUCACCGCCUUCACCAUCUGCUGGAUGCCUCACCACAUCAUCGCCAUGUGGGUGGAGUUCGGCACCUUUCCCCUGAAUGAUGCCUCCUUCGCCUUUCGCAUCGUCUCCCACUGCCUGUCUUAUGGAAACUCCUGCGUCAACCCCAUCCUCUACGCUUUCCUGUCUGAGAACUUCCGUAAGGCCUGCCACCAGGUCUUCGCCUGCCGCUUCCUGUACCCGCUGCCACCAGUGGGCAAGGUGGUUCGUUUCCGCAUGGAGAACUUCUCCACCACACACUCCACCACCAACAUAUGAGGGACUGCGGGACGUCAUCAGAUACAUGACCAGGACACUGAGGUGGAAACAGGAAGCAGAGCUGAGGCUGACGGUCAAAUGAUCACAGGACAGCAGGUGAUUGGCUGCUGACUGUAUCUAUGGAUGACCUGAACUCGUUUAUGGGAGUUUAUUAACGACAGACUGAGACACCGAACAGGAAACUGAAGGACACAUUCAGAGAGGGACAAAAUACAGACUUUAGAAAUGUAGAAAAAAACUAAACUGUGUUUUCAGUUUUUCUUUUAAAUUCAACAGUUUUAAUAAUUUAAUUAAAAUUAAUCUUUGAUAAUAAAACAGUCUGAGAUAAAUGUAAAAUUAUAUUCCAGUAUUAUAUCAGGUUUUUUUCUUUAUUUUGCCUAAAGAGCAGAAUUUUUUCUGUCUGAGCAGAAACACAGAACCUGUGAGGAGUUUAACAUGUGUUUGACUUUAUAUGUUUUAUAUGUUUAAUAUGAUUUAUUAUAUUUGAUGUGUGUGUUAUGUGUUUCAGAGACAAAUGUUCCUCAGCACAACCUUUUUAUUAUCAGUGUGAAUUCUUAUUUUCUGGAGCAUCUGAAGACAGUUUCUGAUCCGUCCUGAUGAACUUUGAUAGUCUGAGUAUAUUUACAGAUUUAAUGUGAAUGUGAAAGAUCAAACCUGAUAAAUAGAUGAAUAAAUAUUAAAUAAAUGGUUGUCGGUUUAAGUAUGUUUGAUAGAAACAAAGAAAAAGUACAAAUAGAUGAGUUUUAAAUGGACGCAUUAAAUUAUUUUCUGUCAGCUCAGGAUUUGUUUUAUAUGGAAAUAAACUGUGGUGAGCAUGGA